CUCCGUCCGGUUCUGCGGGCUCAAGGGGGAGACGCCGAAGCACCAUGGCUCUGUUCUAAACGCGUUUAUUAGUAGAAGUGUGAUCAAUUUACCGGCAAUCCGUCACCAUCCGCGCCUUAAUCAUGGACCUCCAGUCAAGAGGCUUGUUCUGGGGGCAUCAACUUUGUCAGUAAUAACCUCUGAAAACUGUAUUUAUUAUUUUUCCACCCCAUACUGUCACUUUUAUGCCUUUGCACGCUACAUGGGAUUUAAACCUAAAGUGUCAGGAGCUAGCCAACACUUCAUACUUGAUCAGUCCAAAUAACCCCGUGGAAACGGAGACAUCCUAUGAUAGUCAAGUACAAUAAAACAAACUUCUAAGAAACGCAUUGACGAAGUUCUGCCCUCAAGUUUUCUUGCUUGUCUGCGGUGCCGGCAUAACCUGGUAGCGAGAACACUACACAAGGAUCAGAAUACUAAUUUAGAGUUUGGCAGGCAGGUGUGAGGCCCCCUCAUGCAGAACCACAGGAAAUGAAUAAACCACCACAGCCUAUCACAGGACCCCCUUCUAUUCCCCACCCUGCCCAAUCACCAGGACUGACACAGGCUGCCUAUGCCACAGGCCAGCCUCCCUCUGUUGUCUUUCCUGGCCCGUCUCCACAAAUGAACACUGCACCGCAGCCCAGACAGUUUGCCCCAGGCCCCCGUGCUUUACACCAACAGGGUGGAUUCAGGUCACUGCAGCAGACAUACUACAACAGGCCCAACAUGCAAGGCAGUGGCCCAAGGGUCCCACCCAGCAACACACCCCGGUCUGUUGGACCCACUCACGUCUACCAACCUACCUCACAGGUGAUGAUGAUUCCUCAGCAACAGUUGCCAUAUCCCAACCCCCAGGGCCAUGCUUUCUUCAUAGGACAGUACCGCCCCCAAUACAUGCCCCAGGCUCAACAGUACCAGGUACCCAGCGGAUCUGCAAGUUUCUACCCUGGAAGCAGUCCCGCUGAAUACGAUCCCUCUCUGGCAGGGAGGGAGCGGCGGGGGGGUGGGGGGAGAGUUCCGGGCAGAGAGAAUGGACGUCUCUCGCUGCAUGGAGCUCCUCUCACCUCCCAGCGUUACCCUGCGGGUGCUUAUUACCCCGCACCACAGCAGUACCCCACAUCAGUGGCCAAUACCGCUGUCAUGCUUAACCCUGCCCAACAGCAGCCAGCCCCACCUCCACAGCAAGCUCCUCCUCAGCAGACCGGACCAGUGAAAAGAGAGCGCAAAAUGCAGAUCAUAAUACGUGACCCCAACCAGGGAGGACGUGACAUCACAGAAGAGAUUAUGUCUGGUGGGCGAACGGUGUCCACACCCACUCCUCCACAGACUAUUGGUUCAGAUUCUGGAGGUCCUGUUCAGACCAAUGGUGAAAGUGUUUCACCUGUUUCUUCCAUGAUCAGAUCAGAUGAUCAAACAAAGCAUGUAGCUCCUCCUCCAACUGUCCCUACCCCUCCUCCAUCAAAAACACCAGAGCAAGCCCCCGCUGCACUUUCGGAUGCCGAUUCUAAACUAGAGGUGCUAGAGGUCAGACCUUCUUCACCCAUAGUCAAGGUUCCCAUUCCAUCAAGAGAGGACUCUGAUGUUAUCGCCGCAGCGUCCUACGCACCUCCACCUGUUAUGAAUUCUCUAACAAACAAUCCUAAACAUCCAGAGCCACAAAUUGCUGACAGUGUAGAUGCUCCUGUUGUCCCAGAAGCCCCUGCUCAAGAGGAGUCCGAAGAGUCUUCUGCUGAAAUGCAGCAGACUUCGGAUGGAGUUGUAGAAGAGGAGCAUGAGGUAGCUAAGGAGAAAGAGUCCGAGCUUGUGGCUGAUAUAGAGCCAACAUCAGACUCGAGCUCAGCUACCAUCAUCUCCACCUCUGUGGAGGCUCCUGCUGUAGCUAAUGGCAGUGAUGAAGCUUUUAAUGAUGCCAUGCCUGCUACCACUGUAACACCGGUUGUCGAGUCAGCCCUUGAGUCAAAGGAACAGCCUUUGCUAAAUGGUUUGCCUCAGGAUCCUGAAGUGGUUCCUGAUGCGGAGCCUGAGUGCUCAACUGAUCCAGUUGCAGAACCAGUUGUUCUUCAGGUCCAGCAGAGCUUCCUUACUGCUGCAAAAGCAUUGGUGGAGGAAGAGGUUGAGCAAAAAGCUGAAGAGAUCUCCACCCCUGCAGCAAGCUGCCCUGUUGAGGAGACAACUAUGCAAGCUCCCGUGACAUCAGUGCCAAAGAUGAAAAAGGAUCUGAAUAAUAUAGAUGUGGGAGAUGUCCUAGAUGGCUUCAAAGAGCCAGAGGAGGAGAAACCUGUCCCUGAGCCAGAGGUUCUUCACAAAGCGCCCUCCCCGGUUCCAGUCCCUGUUUCGCCACCAGAUCAGACUGAGGAACCAUGGGAGGACAAGGAGGAGAAACUUGACUCAGAUCAUAUUGAGCCAGAAGCACCAACACCUGUGGAACAGAAGUAUCAGUAUAAAGAAGAGCAGUGGAAACCUAUCGACCCAGAGGAGAAGAAGCGAUAUGACCGGGAGUUCCUGCUCGGCUUCCAGUUCCGUACCGCGAGCAUGCACAAGCCUGAGGGUUUGCCACAGAUCAGUGAUGUGGUGUUGGACAAGGCAAAUAAAACCCCAUUGCAGCCCACGAAUCCCAGGAGUCUGAUGAACUGUGGGCCUGACUUCACACCCUCAUAUGCUAACUUGGGCAGACAGUCAUCUGGAGGAGGACGAGGACCGAUGCACCCCUCUCAGUCUGGACGGCGCCCUCAGCCUGGGCGAGGCAAAGACCAAGUCAAUCGCAACCCCAAGAUCAUCACCAGCCUGUCUCUCAAAGACAACGUGGAACUCAAUCAGGCUUUGAAUGCUUGGACUCCCUCGGUUAAGAAACAAGUCAAAAGCCGCGAUGUGGAGGACGAGGAUGAUUCAGAUGCUGCAAAAACGCAGGAGCUGUUCCGACGCGUGCGCAGCAUCCUUAACAAACUCACGCCGCAGAUGUUCCAGCAGCUGAUGAAGCAGGUGACGGAGCUCACCAUAGACACAGAAGAGAGACUCAAGGGCGUCAUUGACCUCACCUUCGAGAAAGCCAUCUCCGAACCCAACUUUUCUGUAGCUUAUGCCAACAUGUGCCGCUGUCUUAUGGGGCUUAAAGUCCCCACUUCAGAUAAGCCAGGAGUCACUGUGAAUUUCCGCAAACUACUGCUCAAUCGUUGUCAGAAGGAGUUUGAAAAAGAUCAAGAUGACGAUGAGAUUUUUGAGCAGAAACAAAAAGAACUGGAUGCCGCCGCUGAGGAAGAGGAGCGUCAGCGUUUGAAGGAUGAGCUGGAGGACGCUAAGGACAAGGCACGCAGAAGGUCGCUGGGCAACAUCAAGUUCAUCGGAGAACUGUUCAAACUGAAGAUGCUGACAGAGCCCAUCAUGCAUGACUGUAUCGUAAAGCUCCUGAAGAACCAUGAUGAAGAGAGCUUGGAGUGCCUGUGUAGACUGCUGUCUACCAUUGGCAAAGACCUAGACUUUGAAAAGGCCAAGCCUCGCAUGGAUCAAUACUUUCACCAGAAGGAGAAGAUAAUUAAAGAUAGGAAGAUGUCUUCUAGAAUCCGCUUCAUGCUUCAGGAUGUUAUAGACCUGAGACAGAACAACUGGGUGCCCAGAAGAGGAGAUCAGGGUCCCAAGACCAUUGAUCAGAUCCAUAAAGAGGCUGAGAUGGAGGAGCACAGAGAACAGGCCAAAGUGCAACAACAACUGCUGUCUAAAAAGGACUCCAGUCAGGGGCGAGGCGGACGCGGCGGUCCGCACCCUUCAGGUGGACGUGGUAGCCAAACGCAGGAUGAGGGCUGGAACAUAGUGCCUAUCACCACCAAGAACAGACCGAUUGACACCAGCCGUCUCAGUAAAAUAACAAAGCCUGGUGAUUUCAACAACCAGCUGCUGGCCCCAGGAGGAAAGGGAACAUGGGGUAGCUGGGGCAAAGGCAGCAGUGGGGGUUCUGGAGCAAAGUCUACUGGGGAACAAGACGCGGGCAGACCUGCCACCAGCACGCUCAACCGCUUCUCUGCAUUGCAGCAGUCUGGACCUGCAUCAUCAUCCUCGCUGGACUCUGAUCGUAGAGUGCCUCAAAGAAAUAGCUCCAGCAGAGAUCGAAGUGAACGGGAAAGAGAUCGCUUUGAGCGCUUUGAUGGUAGGCGUGAUGACCGGGACAGAGGCAUGGACAGACCACGUCCUGCCAUCACCAAACGCAGUUUCAGCCGUGAAAAUGAAGAGAGGAGAGGUGAAGGCCGCGGACCAGCGGAAUCUGUACGCCGCGUUGCCAGCAUGACAGAGAAUCGUGACAGAGGCAGUCGUGACAGAGGCAGUCGUGACAGAGGCAGUCGUGACAGAGGCAGUCGUGACAGAGGCAGUCGUGACAGAGGCAGUCGUGACAGAGGCAGUCGUGACAGAGGCAGUCGUGAACGAGGCAGUCGUGAGCUUGAUAGAAGCAAAGAUACAGUGAAUCCUUUGCCAGCUCCUACACCACCACCUCCUGCUCAAUCCAAACCAGCCCUGAGUGAGGACGAGAUGGAUAAGAAAUCUAAAUCGAUUAUUGAAGAGUAUCUCCACAUCAAUGACCUGAAGGAGGCAUUGCAAUGUGUGCAGGAGCUGAACAGUUCCUCUCUGCUCUUCGUGUUCGUACGGAAUGGCGUGGAAUCCACACUGGAGCGCAGCACCAUUACUAGAGAGCACAUAGGUCUACUGUUUCAGAAGCUUGUUAGUGCUGGAAUCCUUCCUGCCGAACAGUACUAUAAGGGACUACAGGAGAUUCUGGAAAUGGCUGAUGACAUGGCAAUUGACAUUCCGCAUAUUUGGGUUUAUCUGGCUGAGAUCAUCACACCAAUGUUACAAGAGGGAGGCAUCCCCAUGGGCCACCUCUUUAGGGAGUUGUCCAAACCUCUUCUGCCGAUGGGAAAAGCAGCUGUCUUGCUGGUUGAAUUGCUUAACCUUCUUUGCAAAGGGCUUAGUCACAAAAAGGCUGGAUCUAUGUGGUUGGAAGCAGGACUUAGCUGGAAAGACUUCUUGCCUGAGGAUGAGGAUGUCAAUAAGUUUGUAACCGAGAAGGAGAUGGAGUUCACUCUGGGUGAGGAGUCUGAGAAACCCAGUAAGGCAGAGCUGACUGAAGAAGAGCUGAGUAAACAUUUGGACAGGUUGUUGGAGGAAAAAGCCAACAACCAGAGGAUCUAUGACUGGAUGGAGGCCAACCUAGAUGAGCAACGGAUAGGCUCCAAUCUGUUUGUGCGGGCGCUGAUGACCUCUGUGUGUCAGUCGGCCAUUAUAUGUGAGAACCCUUACAAGGUGGAUUUGGAGCAGAUUAAGCAAAGGGCCAUACUGUUACACAAGUACCUGUCCGAUGAACCGAAGGAGCUGCAGGCACUCUACGCUCUCCAGGCUCUCAUGGUGCAGAUGGAGCAGCCAGCCAAUUUACUGCGCAUGUUCUUUGACGCUCUAUACGACGAGGAUGUGAUAAAGGAGGAUGCCUUCUACAAAUGGGAGACCAGCAAAGACCCAGCAGAGCAGCUUGGGAAGGGUGUGGCCCUGAAGUCAGUCACUGCCUUCUUCACGUGGUUACGGGAGGCUGAGGACGAGUCUGACAACAGCUAGUUCUGAACCAUAGUGGUCCAGUUAGCACUGGACGGAAACCAGUGCUUGAGACUGAGGAGGACAUCUGACAAACAGACCGAACUUGAUCCUUAUGAAGCCAGUCUUAUCUGUUGAGGGUGGCUCAGAUAUAAACUACAAUCAUUCUCAUCAUUUCUUUUGCGCUCUUUAUCUCUUGUGGCUGAAGUCCACCAAAAACUAAAUAAAAUGUAAAAAAAGAUCUGCAGGACUGCUUAAACGUGUUAACGAUUCAUUGUCAUUUAUAUUUUGAGAAAUUCUUAAACUGUACAAACCAACGCUGCUCUUACAUGUUAAUAUAGAUUUAUAUGCAACGUGUUGUGUGACAGAGCAGAUGUGAUGUCAUACAUCAUGUGUAGAGGAGAGUAUGAUGGUGAUCAUGUCUUUUAGGUUUGUAAUGUCAGAUCAAACAUGGAGCUCUUCAUGUUUUUAAAUCGACAAAGGAGAAAUGUAUUUGCUGAAUUCUCAGUGACAAAUGAAAUUUGAGUGGUGUUUGUAUUCCCUCCCAUUUUUUGCUUCCUAUAUACUUUAGCAAGGGGUGGACCUAUUGAACUUCAGGAUGAUGGUGACUUUGACCUUUUAGACCUUUUUAGUGCUGCUGGAAGAGGAGGGAGGUCCAACAUGCUUCCUAAAAAAGCCAUCCAUGUCCUGCCUCCUACCCCACACUUUUGCAUCUUACCUCUCUUGAAGAACUGAUCGGGGUCUUCGUAGAAGCCCUGCUUGAGCAAGCCUGCAGUGGAAUUUUAAGAGAAAUCAUAUAGAAGCAUAUAUAAAAAUCGAUUUGAUGAAAUGACAGCAAUGAUCCUAAAGCCUUUUCUACUUGCAAAGUGGAAACACAUUUCAGGAGCAUUCUGUACAUAUAUAUGGAAAUGUUUUUUGUUUUAUUUUCAGAAAUUAAAAGUAAAAAAAUCUGAUGCUAUGCCAUUUAUUUUUUCCAACAGAAAUGGCAGUUUACCUGUAUUUAAGAUUUGUUUUCUUCCACAUGGUAAGAGGUGCUUACAAUGAUCAGUUGAUUAGUUUUAUUGAAACGAAUUGUGUAAAUAUUUGUUGCUCUUUAUUAUUUAAGGAAUUAAUGCUUUCGCAUCGAACUGGAAAUGUUAGAGAGUUGAAACAUUGCAAAUAAUAAAAGACUUUCAAGUU